AUGCAAACUAAUGAUAGCUCAGAGAAGGACAGCAUAUUAAACAAAGCUAUAUCUAAACAAAUACGUUCAAGUUUACAAAUCAAUGACGAAGAUUUAACAAUUACUAAAUUCUUAUUAAAUUUAUUCAAAGAAGCAACCAGCACUUCUUCCACCAAUAGAUCAACUUGUUUAACAACAUUUGAAAAGAUCCUAAAAGAAAAUGGAGGAGAUGACUUCCCUCGAGAGUUUGGAAAACAAAUAUUCGAUAUAAUAUACAACCACAAGAUCUCACAAGAUACUGAACCAACUCCAAUACAACCAGAUACAAAACCAACACUAGAACCCUCACAACGACAUCCUCGAAACAAUAGAAAUCAAGAAGAAACAAUAGAAGUUGGAAAAGUAUAUAGAGGCUAUAUCAGUGAUAUAACCCCCUACGGAGCAUUCAUACGAUUGAAUUCCCCACAAUCAUAUCAAUCUGGUCUAUGUCAUAUUUCCCAAAUUUCAUUCGAUGGAUCUAGAUUAAAAUCACCUGAGUCUGUCUUACAAUUAGAUCAACAAGUAUUUGUCAAGCCUACUGAGAUAAAGUACAUAAAUGGAAGGAAAAGAAUUUCGUUAUCUAUGAGAGGAAUCGAUCAGGAGACGGGAUUGGUAGUUGAUAUUAGUUCCAAUCAUGAUAAUAUUGAACGAGGAAGGAACAGGUCAAGAGGGAACGGGAGAGGAGUGAAGAGGAAAUUAACAUCGCCUGAAAGAUGGGAAAUACGACAAUUGAUUGCAUCUGGAGCAGCUUCAGCUGAUGAUUAUCCCGAACUAGAAGAGGGUGAUGACGAAGACUCUGAAAGCCAAGAUAAUGAUGGCUUUGGAUUCACUAAAAAACAUGAACCUGAACUUGAAACUGAAAUUGAAUUGAAUAAAAUCAAACCAAAAUUCUUAGAAGGACAAACUUUAGAAAAUGAAAAACCAUCAUCAUCAAUUAAUAUUUCCCAAGCCCCAGGAUCAAUGACUAAACUAGCAAAUGAAGGUUCUAAAUUUGUUCGAGAAUUCAAAAAUGAAAAACUUAAAGAAAAGCGAAAGAAAGAACAAGAAAUACGGCAACAAUCUACUAAUAUAGAUUCAUAUGAUCCAUUAUUUCAAAGAAGUGAACCGGUUAAAGAAUUAGAAUCGGAUGAAGUGGCAAUUAAGACUGAAGCUAUCAUUUCUGAAUGGAAAAUAGCAGAACUGAAGAAAAAUAUCACAUAUGGAAAGAGAACCAAUUUACCUAUAGAAGAACAACGAAGGCUAUUACCAGUUUAUUCAAUGCGUUCAGAACUAGUAGAAAGUAUAAAAAAUAAUCAAUUCUUAGUUAUUGUGGGUGAAACUGGUUCAGGAAAAACCACUCAAAUCGUUCAAUACAUCUAUGAAGAAGGUAUCAAUAAAUCGCCAGAAGAUAACCGUUUCAAAAUCAUUGGUUGUACCCAACCGAGAAGAGUUGCCGCCGUAUCUGUUGCCAAGAGAGUUUCGGAAGAAGUUGGAUGUACAUUAGGAGAAGAAGUAGGUUAUUCUAUUCGUUUUGAAGAUAAGACAAGCCCAAGAACUACGAUAAAAUACAUGACUGAUGGGAUGUUGGAACGAGAAGCAUUGAAUGAUCCAUAUAUGUCUAAAUACUCGGUCAUUAUGUUGGAUGAAGCCCAUGAAAGAACAAUUGCUACCGAUGUAUUAUUUUCAUUAUUAAAACGAGCAGCAUUGAAGAAUCCAAAUCUAAAAGUCAUAAUCACUUCCGCCACAUUAGAUUCCGAUAAGUUUCUGAAAUAUUUCAAUGAUUGUCCAAUAUUAUCAAUCCCAGGUCGAACCUUCCCCGUGGAAAUCUUACAUACCCGAGAACCAGAGGUGGAUUAUCUCGCAGCUGCGUUAGAUUCAGUAAUGCAAAUCCACAUAUCUGAACCCCCAGGGGAUAUAUUAGUAUUCCUAACGGGUCAAGAAGAAAUCGACACCAGUUGUGAAGUCUUAUUUGAACGUAUGAAAAUCUUAGGAGAAGCCGUUCCCGAAUUAAUCAUUCUCCCCGUCUAUUCCGCCCUUCCUUCAGAAAUCCAAACCCGAAUCUUCGAACCUACCCCGCCAGGAUCCAGGAAAGUCAUCUUAGCUACCAAUAUUGCUGAAACCUCAAUCACCAUCGAUGGGAUCUAUUAUGUCGUCGACCCGGGGUUUGUGAAAGUGAACGCAUAUGAUCCCAAAUUAGGUAUGGACAGUUUGAGAGUCGUGCCCAUCAGUCAAGCUCAAGCGAAUCAAAGAAGCGGGAGAGCAGGUAGAACUGGUCCUGGGAAAUGUUAUCGAUUAUAUACCGAAAAAGCAUACAUGUCGGAAAUGUUACCGAAUUCCGUCCCUGAGAUUCAGAGAAAGAAUCUUGCCAGUACGAUAUUGAUGCUUAAAGCUAUGGGGAUUAACGAUUUGUUGAAUUUUGAAUUUAUGGAUCCGCCAUCAAUGAAUACCAUGUUGGUUGCGUUGCAGGAUUUAUAUGCAUUAGAUGCGUUGGAUGAUGAUGGGAAUUUGACUGCUUUGGGGAGAGAAAUGGCUGAUCUUCCAAUGGAACCCGCCUUGGCUAAGACAUUGAUCAAAUCGGUGGAAUAUGGAUGCACGGAUGAGAUCUUGAGUAUUGUGGCGAUGUUAUCGGUCCAAACGAUAUUCUUUCGUCCUAAGGAUAAACAAAAUCUUGCCGAUCAGAGAAAAGCUAGAUUUCAUCAUCCGUUGGGUGAUCAUUUAACCCUAUUGAAUGUAUUUCAACUGUGGCAAUUGAAUAAUCAAAAUAAGACCUGGUGUCAGGAUAAUUUCAUUCAAGAAAGAAGUAUGAAACGUGCUAUGGAGGUGCGAAAACAACUCAAAACAAUCAUGAUUAAAUUCGGCCAUCAAAUCAGAUCAUGUGGAAAUAAUACUGAUCGAAUUAGGAUGACUUUAUGUGCGGGAUAUUUCAAGAAUUCAGUCAAGAGAGAUAUGUAUGAAGGUUAUAAAACCCUAGUUGAACAAACUCCUGUUUAUUUACAUCCAUCUUCUUCGUUAUUUGGGAAAAAUCCGGAAUAUUUGAUAUAUCAUACUUUAUUAUUGACUACUAAAGAAUAUAUGCAUUGUGUUUGUGUGGUUGAACCGAAAUGGUUUUAUGAAUUGGCUCCUAGGUUUUUUAUGAAGGGGGAUCCGAAGCUGAUUAGUGAACUGAAGAAACAACAGAAGAUUAUACCUUUGUCUUCCAGGAAUUCGGAUGAUUGGAGGAUAAGUUCAAAGAGAAGGAGAUAG